AUGAAUGAUUUGGGGAUUCAGGCGCCGGAGUCCAGUGGCAACACGACAUGUUCUCGGAUCAGGGAGCCGCCUAUGCAGCCCCAGCUGGCAGAGCCUCCGCCAUCGAAACUGGAACCAAGCUCUACAUCUCUAAUCCCGACUAUGGUGUUUCCAACGAGGACAUCAGGGAGCCUCUGCCAUGUGAUUCUGUUGUUCGUCACCCUCCUCUUCGUCGAGUUCUUCUGCGGCGCCCGAUCGCGCAAGUGCGACCGCCACGGCUACAAAGGCUUGAAGAAGGCCAUGGAAUUCGAUUUGCAGCUGCAAACGAAGGAGUGUGUCAAGACCGGGUCUAAGGAGAUCGAUAAGUUGCCCUGGAAGGGCGGGAGUGACGCCAAUCCCGAUUACGAGUGUCUCCAGUCCGAGCUCCGGAAGAUGGCUCCACCCAAUGGUUUUGCCCUCUUGCUUUUUUGGGCACGGUGUGGGUGCCCCGUUGCCAAGCUUGAAGGCUGGGGUCCCAAGCGAGGCCGCCGGCACAAGAAGUGA